UUAUAGCUUUAAUUGUCAAAUGUGACAACACUUAAGGUUUAAAUAAUUUAAAACCUAUAUCGUUGGUAGGUUGUUUGUAUAAAAUUUUGGCUAAAUUAUUAGCUAAUAGGAUGAUAAUGGUUCUAGGAAAGGUGAUUGAUAAUUGUCAAAGUGCCUUCCUUGGUGAGAGGAAACUUUUAUAUAGAGUACGUGUGGCUAAUGCGGUGAUGGAAGAUGCAAAGAGAAGGAAAAAAUCUUGCUAUUUAAAGUAGACUUUGAAAAAGUUUAUGAUUCUAUUUCUCGAGAAUUCCUUCUCUAUAUGCUUCAUGGAUUAGGAUUUUGAGACAGAUGGAUUAAGUAGAUCAAAUGAUGUCUUGAGUUUACAUGGACUUCGGUAUUGGUGAAUGGAAGUCCUUCACAAGAGUUCAAAUGUCACAAGGGACUUCGUCAAGGAUACCCCUUGGCUCCUUUCCUCUUUUUAGUGGUGACCGAAGGUUUGAGUGCUUUUAUGAGAAAUUCAAUAUCGAAAGGAUUGUUUGAUGGAUAUAAAGUGGAAUAUAAAGAUUGUGUUGUUAGCUUGUUGUAAUAUGCUGGCCACACCAUCUUUUUUGGCGAAGUAAGUGGGAAGAACGUCUUCAUAAUAAAGACUAUUCUGAGGAUGUUUGAGUUGGUUUUCAAUUAAAAGUAAAUUUCAAGAGUUGUUUUGGUGCUAUUGGGGUGAAAGAUGGUGUGAUUAAAAGAUAUGCGGACGUGUUGAAUUGUAGAGUUUUAUCCUUGCUUUUUGUGUACCUUGGUUUGCCAAUUGGUGCAAAUCCUAGAAGAAAAAAGACUUGGCUACUAGUAAUCCAAAAGUUUUCAAAGAGACUUGCAAUAUGAAAACACAAACAUAUUUUCUUUGCCGUAACAAUGUGUUUGAUUAAUUUUGUGUUGUCUUGUGUUCCUCUUUUUUUUUUUUAAAUGCCAAAAAAAAUGUGUAAUAUUCUUGUGGGGAUCCAAAGAAAAUUCUUGUGGGGGAGGGAAUAAAGACAAUAAAAAAUUGUUUGGGUAAGUUGGGAGGAUAUUUGCAAGAGUAAGAACUAGGGAGGCUUAGGAGUUACAAAUUUAUUGUUGUUCAAUGAGGCUUUAUUGGGGAAAAUGGAGGUGGUCUCUUUUUCAUCAAGAGGGAAGUUUGUGGAGUGAGGUGUUAAUACCAAAGUAUGAUGGUUGGAAAGGUCUAGUGAGGGAGGGUGAGCUUUUGCGGGAAUCAUUGUGGUGGAAGGACUUGAAAAGAAUUUGUGGAGGAAAUAGUAGAGAGAAAUGGUUCGAUGAGGGGAUUGAGUGGAAAACAGGGCAAGGUGAAAAGAUUAGAUUUUGGCUAGAUGAGUGGAUAGAUGGAAAUUGGUUGGCCAAUUUUUUCCUAGAUUGUACUUUAUUUCGAAUCAAAAAGAGGAUGUGGUUUGUGAGAUGGGUUGUUGGAGGUUGGAUAGAUGGGUUUGGAAGUUAAAUUGGAGAAGAGAGACUUUUGAGUGGGAACUUCUCGAGCAAUUGCAAAUACUCUUAAAUUCUGUACAGAUACUUAGUAAUGAGUUGGAUUCAUGGGUUUGGCAAAAUUGCAAUUCUGGAAAAUACUCUACAAACUGGGCUUAUAAACUGUUGUUGGAAGAUGAUGGUAUGGUAAUCCCAAGUGAUAUUUUCUCAUUGGCGUGGAGGCUAAGAAGGAUACCAAACAAAGUGGCGUUCUUACUUUGGAGGGCUUUCAAGGAUCGACUGCCAACUAAAGAUAAUUUACUAUGGCUUCAAUGCCAUUCUUGGAUGCUUCCUUCAAUGUCAACAAUACUUUCAGCAUCUUUGGAGAGCCAUUUCAAUCAGUUUUCGGGUUUGGGAAGGUCAAAAAGUGCAACGGAAUUUGGUCAGGGCUUUAUAUGCAGGGGAUAUUGGUGAUUGGCGCAUGAGGAUACUUCCUACACCCUUGUUCUUUUUUAAUUGUUGGAUUUUUAUUUCUAUUUAUCAGUCAUUUUAAAGUUUAAGAUUACGUUAA